GAAUAUUUCUGCAGAUGUUAUUCCCUGCUGGGUAAAUAUCCAGGCGGAUUAAGGCGGAUUGGUGAAACGUUGCACAUAUAAGCCUGAAGCUCUCUGGGAUCAUUUAGGAUAAUCUGUUCUCUUUCGCCAUCAGCGUCGAGUUCAGACUUGAUGCCCGUUUUCAGCUCCGGGAGUUCGGCUCUCCUCUCCGGCUCCCAAAUCCAGCGCAUGCGUUCCUGUCCUCGCUCGCGCCCGCCCGCCCGUAGACCGUUAUAGAAGUCAUAGAGGUUGUUCUCUGCGUGCGCGGAUGUGGUCUCUGCUGCUGGAACCAUCUGAUGUCGUCUUCUUCAUCUCUGUGGUUGGGCUGUGGGCUGCGCGCGCACGCAUUUCCUACUUUCUCACACGGUUCAACGUCCUCAAAAGCAACGCGGAGCGUGUUGUGAGAGCGGGCCCCUCCAUGGACCUCAUCUGUCCGGCCGCUCUGCUGGCUGAAGCCAAUGGCCAUUAUAUCUGAUGACUGAGGAAACAUUCUUUGGAAAUGUUGCAAGGAAAAGUAUGGUGCCUUAGGCUUCUGCCAAUUCCUUUACUGAUCAUCAUCCUUGCCGCAUACAACUGCUCUUAUGGCGUACUGGGACGCUACGGCAUUAUUAAUCAGUCUUGGAACACUAGUAAAGCAGUGUGCGAUGAUUGGGUAACACAGCAAAAGUGGGAGAGCCUCAAUUUCAAAUUCAACAAAACGACAAAACUGUUUUUGAAACUGGAGGAUUUUUUCUGGAACAAGUAUGUUUCCCAGCUGCCUUUACCAUAUGGCAUUAAAGGAAGUGAGCAGAUGCUAGUCAAAGUUCUUGAAGCAGCUCAAAGUUCUGACAUGCCAGCCCACAUAGAAAACCUUGAGUGCAGAACGUGUGUCGUGGUGGGAAAUAGCUUUGCCAUCAAAAACACCUCCUUGGGAAGCAUCAUUGACAAAUAUGAUGUAGUCAUUAGGUUAAAUGAUGCUCCAGUUAGGGGCUACGAGGAGGACGUGGGAAACAAGACCACCUUGAGGUUCUUCUACCCCGAGUCGGCCUCCUCCAACCCCAGGUUGCACAAUGAUGAGGACACACUGAUGGUCAUGGUGCCUUUUAAACCACAGGAUCUGCGUUGGCUUAAAGAGAACCUCAAAGAUGAGAAGAGGGUCAGGAAAGGCUUUUGGAAGCCCCCUCCUCUGAUCUGGCUGGGUCACAGCAGUAAAGUGAGAGUACUGGACCCUUACUUUAUGCACCAGACUGCAAACAAACUGCUUCACAUCCCUCUCCAACCAAGAAAGGGUCAGGUCUCUUUUCAUCCCACUACAGGGAUCCUUGCUGUGUUUGUGGCUCUCAAUUACUGUGAUGUGGUCCACAUAGCUGGAUUCGGUUACCCCCAGAAGAGUGACCAGCAGCAACCCAUACAUUACUACGGAUCCCACACGAUGAAAGCUAUGAAGAGCUCUCCACAUGAUGUGAACCUUGAAGGCCAAGCCUUGAAACGGUUGGAGAAGUUAGGAGCCAUCAUGUUCCUGCACCCUCACCUGUGACACUUGCUGCUCCAGUUCAGCGCCCCCUACUUUAUAACAGCUGCACCACCGAGAUAUUUCAUAUUUGAAUGUAUUGAUGUAUUUGGUUUCUGACCUAAUGUGGAUGUUUGGGUUUUUUGUUUUUUUUUUUGCAUUGGGACUUCAAGACUUUUUUCUUGUGAAUUAAAAUCCUUUCAAACACAUAAGGCGAAGGAUAACUACUUUAAUGUGAGGUUUACUGUGAUACUUUUGCUGAGGAUUCCGACCUACAUGACUCUUACUACAGUUCAUCAAGAACAAUUCCAGUCUUUGGUGUCGGAUGUGAAAAUCUUUUAAAAUAUUGACUCUGUUACACUUAAAAAAAUGCAGCUUCUAAGAUGUUUGUUUCAAGAUUACAUGCAGAUUGCUGAGCAGUUAUGUUGAAUAUUUUAUUUCUGCUAUCAUGGUUUGUCAAUUGAUUUUGAUUCUAAGUUUCUAGAAUCCACUCUUUUUUUCUCUGCAUUUUAAAUCAAAUAUUUUAUUACAGUUUCUUUUACCUUGCAGCCUGGACUGAUGGUAUUGAGGAUUUCUAAUUUGCAUAAAUCUGGCAACCUUGUCAUCAAAUGUAUUUUUUUAUGCAGAUAAAAAUGUAUUUUUAUAGUAAAGUUUAAAAAAUUAAAGUCAUUUAACAACA